AUGGUGCGCGUGCCCGGAUCUCUUGGGGACUCCGGAUUUCACCGUGAGUCCGUAGAAGAUGCGCAAGUGAAGAAAGAACCAGGGGAAGAGGCGUCGUUGGAUAUCGGAUCGACGAAGACGCUGCUGAACAAAGUGAGAUCCGCGGAUCGACAGAGUGCUCGGAGGACUUCUGUCGACGGAAUCGAGGGCGAUCUGGAGACAGAUCUAGCAGACAAACCUCAACAUCCUCCCCAGGUCCCUUCGGGGUCCCCGGUGGGUCUUGGCGGGAUCGGACCGAUACGCGUUCGCUACUCGCUGAUCAGGCUCGAUCCGGGCUACCUGGACGCGAUCGCGGACAAGGCCCAGAUCGUGAGCAAGAAGCUGAGAGCGCCAGGCUUGGACGACGAAGAUCCCAGACCGUCGGCGCUCGACUGGUCUGAGGCUACCUGGAUCCAAACGAUCUUUUCGAUCAAGAUCCAGACAGCGAUCCAGACAUUGGUCGACAAGUUGAGACCUUUGGUCGACAUGAUCGCGGAUAGUACGGACCCGAAGGUGCCAGAUCCAGUGUUGCCGGCUCCAGUGUCAUCGCCGCGAGUGGAGUCCACUGGGUACCGAUCGUCGUCACAUUAUGUCUCCGCAGCGGAACAUGUAUCGGAUACGUCGUCUGAACCCCAACGGAUGUCCCUCGGCCCUUCAGGAUCUGCGAUGUUGGACGCGCGAUCACGGAGUCAACGUCAGGAACUCAUGCGGUCAGGACCUCGGAAGCAGAAACCCAAGUCGACCCAUCGGACCACCAGUGCCACCGGAUCAGAUGAGUCGAAUGGCAGACUGGCGUCUUACUUUCAGGCUGCGAUGACUCGAUUUCUGAAGGAACAACAGGUCACGGUGGUAACACCUACUCCAGUGGUCGACGACAACGUUGGAUCGCGGGACGUGGAGAUUUCGGCCCCUGCUGCGGUGGCCACCGCUGCCUCGGGAUCCACUGGGUCCUCCUUGGACCAGUGUGUGCGAAUCUCCGCGAUGUCCGAUCUUAAGGAGUUCAGUGGCAAGGAUCAGGACGAAGACCGCGCCCGAUCGUGGAUCAGCAAGGUGAAAUCGGCGUUCCUGCGAGAUCAGGCUACGGACGAAGAGAAGUGCUUGACCUUCGCUGAUCUACUGACGGGCCCGGCGAAGAACUGGUACCGCCAGCUGGGCCGAUCGACGCGGAACAAGUGGAGCGAUCUACUCCGGAGUUUCCAUAUCCAGUAUUGUGGCGUGGGAGUAUCGGUCGCUUGGCAGUAUUAUCAUUCUCGCAAGAGAUCAGAGGAAUCGCCGUUGGAGUACCUCUAUCGACUGAAUGUGGCGGCUCUGCAUGCAAGAUUGAAGAUCAAGGACGGAGAUUCCAAGGCCCGCCGAGAACAUGGCGAACACUUUAUCGAGACGCUGGGCGAUCCGGAACUGGCCGAUCAGCUCACCCUACUCCGGCUUGCGGACGCGGAAGAUCUGGAGGAAGUCCUGCGCGCUCGAAAGCGCGCGAAGAGUAGACAGAAGCGAUCCGCCUUUGGAUCGAAGUAUCGUCAGAAAGUUCCGACCUCAGCACCAGCUGCUGCAACCAAGCGGGCAGUGCGUGCGGUUCAGAUUGCGAGCCAGGAGUCUGGGUCGGACACAGGAUCGGAAGGGUCAGACUCGGAGGGUGAUCUACGUCGCGUUUACCCAGCGUCGGCCGAUGACAAGUCUCGCAACGCAGGGUGCGACUCGACGAAGCCGGAUCGAGGCAACCAAGCGCAGAUCAACCAUGACGCACCUCGAUCGGAUCCACGAUCGCGAUCUUCACCUGACGGAUCGGAGCGAUCAAACCGCUGCUCACACUGUGGAUCGCGGAAACACACCGAUCUCGAUUGCUGGAGACGUUUCGCGUGCGAGAAGUGUGGCAAGCGAGGUCAUCCAGCGAAUCGUUGCCUGUUCGUGUGCCGUGGAUGUGGUGAACUGCACGAGAUGGGCAAGUGUCCGAUGGAGGAAUUCUACAACCAAAUCCGUCAAUGGUUCAACCCGGCGAAGCACGCUGGCAUGCUGCCCGCGAUCGCCGAGAAGAUGUUAAACUAUGACGCUCCCCGGGUUGGAAUCCGACCGGAGGAAUGGUUCGAGCCAGCUGGUGGAGAAGUGACGACCGAGAUCUCGGAGCAUGAUCGCGAUCGAAGUCUGCCUCGCGUCAGCGAACACCGCAGAUCGGGCGAUGUGGCCAAGAUCACUGGCAAGAUCAACAAUGCGAAGUCGAUCUUACUCUUAGACACCGGCGCUGAGGUGUCCAUCGUGGACACCGCCUUUGCUCAAGGAAGGACCAGGAUCAAGGUUACGCUGGUGGGAUCGCUGGUGUAUUUCUUCAAUAUCUGGGUUGGCGAUCUAUCAGGACAUGAGGCGAUCCUGGGUAUGGAUUUUAUGGUUCCAGCGGGGAUCCGCCUCGAUCUUGCGGACGGCUCUAUCUGUCUCCCCGACGAAGUCAAGAUCCUGCUUAGCGGACGGCGUCAGCUGUACAACGACAAUGUCAGACACGUGUGUGUAGAUCAGGGAAUGCAGAUCGCGAUCGGGGAUUCGAUUGAGCUUCCGCUACGAAUGAAAGUUACCAACGUCAGCGACAAAGACCUCGUCUUGCAUCGGAAUGAACGGAUCGGGAUGUGGCUGGCUGGAGAUCGGAUACCCCGGAUCCCAGGAUAUGUGUCGAUCGGAUCUCGUCGAUACAUGGAAUGGCAGAAUCUAGCCUUUCAAGCCACGACAUAUGACCGGCCGACGAACCAGGAGGCGCCAACGGGACCUCCGGUACCUGCCGUCGAGCGACCGAUUUAUCCAGCGCCCCGAGCCAUUCUCCAGAGACGCCAGGUAUCCCCGAUCGUCGAUCAGUCGACGGGUCCACCCGAUCCAACAAGCGAACCGGAGGCAAUGAGCCCUGAUCCGGGGGCGGCAGUCGUUGAUACUCUUAGAUCAGGGGGCAGACCGUGGCAGGACGAUGAUCGCGUGACAGAGGAGUCGGGGUCGUCUGCUUCAACUGUCCUCGUCGGAGAUCCACCAGACCCACGGUCGGAUCCUGUUGAGUCGGUGUGGGAACCUUCCGGAUCGGAGGAGGAAUGCUCUCCAAAGCGGAAACAGGCGGAGCCGGACUUCCAGCCUUCGCCGAUCACGGAUCAAGCGUGUGCACCGGUAGAUGACGCGAAGCCGCAAGAGGAUCGUGUUGGCGAUCCAGAUGGGAAGCCAGAUCAUGUGGAUUCCGGUGGUAAAGCCGCCGAGAAGGGCGAAAUUGUGUCCCCUCACUUGCCAUCGGCCGAUCAG